ACCUGUUGCUAGAAGCACCUUGAAGCUUCAAGGUGCUGCUGGAAAAGAUUAUGAACUCCAUUCACCUUCCAUCUAAUCAGAGAACUUCAGCGUCGAGCCUACACCAGCAUCACCCUAAGGGUGCUCAGGAAGCCUCUGAAAUGGCAGUUUACUGUGACAAUUUCAGCAUGUACCACCAGCAAAAUCUACACUCUUCUCAGAGGGCACCCAACUACGGGAUUGGAGAUUAUGCGCCCCCUACUAACCCUUACUUGUGGCUUGGAGGUCCUGGAGUGAGCAAUUCAUCCAGCUAUCUGCAUGGAAACAACCCUACUUCUUUUAUGUCUCCAUCCUAUGGAUCCCAAAGGCAGUUCCUAUCAAAUUCCUCCAGUUUUUGCGGGACAGAUCUGAGUUGGCUUUCUGUAGCAUCACAAGAAGAACUUCUCAAGGUGGUGAGGCCUCCAUAUUCCUACUCAGCUCUCAUAGCCAUGGCCAUACAAAAUGCACCGGAGAAGAAGUUAACGCUGAGUCAGAUUUACCAGUAUGUGGCAGAAAAUUUUCCUUUCUACAAGAGAAGUAAAGCAGGGUGGCAGAACUCCAUCCGGCACAAUCUGUCCCUGAAUGACUGCUUUAAGAAGGUCCCAAGAGAUGAAGAUGAUCCAGGUAAAGGGAAUUACUGGACUCUGGACCCCAACUGUGAGAAGAUGUUUGACAAUGGAAACUUCCGCAGAAAGAGAAAGCGCAGGUCAGACUCAAGCAGUGCAGAAGCCGUAACAGUUAAAGGUGAGGAAGGUCGUCCAGCACUAGGGGGGAAAGGGGGCGAGAGCCCUUCAAUGCUGACCCCGUCCUCUCCGGAGUUGGAAGCUGCCUCAGAUGACAGGAAAAGCACCUCUCCCAGUGGGAUCACCUCUAGUCCUUGUCUGAACAACUUCUUCAGCAGCAUGACCUCCCUGGACACAACUUCUGUCAACAGACAGAUGUCUUUAGGCCUUGUAAAUGAACUGUCUCAGAGGAACAUCACCGGCUUAGGCAGUUUCACCUCAGGCUCCAUUGCUGAACCAUCUGUGGACCUACAAGACAACAGCCUGCACCUCAACCGGCCCUCAUAUUACAGCACCUUUUCCAGCACUCACCAAAACAACCAGUUCAACAGUCACUUCUACAACACCUUUAGCGUCAAUAGCCUUAUAUACGCCAGGGAAGGCAGUGAAGUAUAGUUUCAAGGCUUAGCCUUUUGCAGGAAAAUGAAAGACAUUGAUUUGCUGGACUGCCUUUGAAAUUCAUGUUGCCUUACAAUAAGCAUGUUUUCUAGGAAAAGAAUAACUGGUAAAAAAAGAAGUUUAUCUCAAUUUCAUCUAAUAGCUAGUUGUUCUUGGUCUUCCCUCAGUUAUGGACACGUACAACCAGAAACUAAUUUGUUUUUUUCUUGGAGAACAUACGGACAGAUGUUUGGAAAGACUAGCUGCAAAAAUAAUGUUCUUUUUAUUUUAUUAUUUGCAAAAAAAAAAAAUAUAAACAACAACAAGAAUACAGCCUACAGGUACAUGGGCGUAAUUCAACAAUUCUUAGGUCCAAAGUCACAAAGAGUUCUGCAAAAAUCACGUCCUUAGCUUUCAUUAAAUACAUCUUAAAUAUCAAUAAGCAAAAAGUAUAUUGAAACCUGCUACUAGAAAUUUAGUCUGUGUGAUGAAAUAUCAUAUACAGGUAUGGGAUCCGUUAUCUAGAAACCCGUUAUCUAGAAAGCUAAGGAAAUGUCGUCUCCCAUAGACUUCAUUUUAUCCCAAUAAUACAAAUAUUUAGAAAUGAUUUCCUUUUUCUGUGUAAUAAUAAAACAGUACAUUGUACUUGACCCA